CUAUGAACUAGUUUGACGCUGUAAACAGCAUCAUCGAAUAUAAUGAACAUUUUCACUGUGAUGGAAAUAUCUUUACUUGGGUAUUGACGAAAAGACCGAUGUUUCCAUCCCCUUUUCCGAACGUGGAAAGUGCGUGCUAUGGACUGUGAAUCAUAUUUCAAAAUAAAAAGGUUUGAGAUAAAUGGACCGAAAAUUCCCGUACAUCAGUGGUGACAACGCCGACAUGUUGCUGACGAUAUUGGGUACUUCUGCGGCUGCAGUCGUCACCUUGUGCUUGUUUGUCGUUUGGGCAUUCCCCUGGAUUAAAUACGACCUGCAGUAUCUGAGAACAGGGUUGAGGUUAGUCCGGAAUAUAAAGAGGAGAACCAACAAGCGCGACUUCGCCGUGGACUGUCUGGAGAGGCAGGUGCGUGAACGGCCCAAACAGACGUUCAUCAUCUACCAGGACAACAAUUACACCUACGAGUUCGUGGACCAGAAAGCUAAUCAGAUAGCUCGGGCUGCCCUCAAACUGGGACUCAAGGCUAAAGAUGUUGCUGCAAUCAUGAUGACUAACGAACCCGCGUUCAUCUGGACAUAUUUCGGUCUGCAGAAGAUCGGCCUGUCCGUCUCUCUCAUCAACUACCACCUCCGUCACAAGUCUCUCGCCCACUCCAUCACCAGCUGCAAGCCGAAGUUACUCAUCGUAGGUCAAGAUGACGUACUUACUGAAGCCGUGCACACAAUACGGGAUGACAUCAAAUACAUACAGGUAUUAGCACAUGGUCCGACACCAGCAAGAUUCAACCUGGAUUCACUGACAGAGAUAGCAGAACGCGAGUCGACAGACACUGUUGAUUACAAGUACAGAGCGGACGUAACAGCCUCAGACAUUGCCUCGUUCAUUUUUACUUCCGGUACAACAGGUUUACCGAAACCCGCCAUUGUCACCCACAAGCGGACCAUCCUUGCCACUGCUAUAUUUUCAACCUUCAACUUCAAUGAACGUGACAUUCUUUACGAAACCCUUCCCCUGUAUCACUCCGCGGGUCUCACUAUCGGUGUGUUCUCUGUGGUUCAGACAGGUGCUGUCAUGGUAUUGCGGACCAAAUACUCCGCAAGGAACUUCUGGUACGACUGUCGUAAACACAACGUCACCGUGGUGCACUACAUCGGGGAAAUGUGCCGGUACCUCGUCAACAGACCAAAGGUCCCAGAAGAAGUACAUCACAACAUCCGGGUGGCAGUAGGAAACGGUCUUCGAAAGGGCAUCUGGGAAAAUUUCACAACGAGGUUCCAGAUCCCGCGGGUGGUGGAGUUUUACUCUGCAACUGAGUCAAUUAUAGGAUUUGCAAAUAUAUUCAACAAGGUGGGAAUGGUUGGGAGGUCUUCUCCGCUGACGAGGCUGCUUGCACCGGCCAUAUUUGUCCAGUUUGAUCACGUGACUGAAACUGCCAAGAGAGAUGCUCAAGGGAGAUGCGUACAGAUAGGGAAAGACAGUGUGGGCCUUCUCAUCUCUCCGGUAAACAAACAGAGGACAUUCGAGGGCUAUUUUGACCGCCCGGCUGAGAAUGAGAAGAAACUUCUCUAUGACGUCUUUAAGUCUGGCGACGUCUACUUCAACUCGGGCGACCUUUUCUACGUAGACAACGAAUAUUUUGUUUCCUUUCGAGACCGCACGGGAGAUACAUACAGAUGGAAGGGAGAAAAUGUGUCCACGCAUGAAGUAGCCACUGUGCUGUCCGCCGUCGACUUCAUCCAUGACGCCAACGUGUAUGGCGUCACUGUCCCAGGUUGCGAAGGAAGAGCCGGAAUGGCUGCUGUUCGUCUGAAAGACAAUACUUCUAUUGAUUCCAAGAAACUUCAAGAAAUUAGUGCACAUUGCGCGGAACAACUUCCUGCUUAUGCACGUCCCAAAUUCAUACGCCUUCAGCGAGAAGUGAACCUGACUAGCACCUUCAAGCACCAGAAGGUUCGGCUAGUGAAUGACGGAUUUGAUCCAUCCAUCACAGACGAACCGCUGUAUUACUUUGACAAGGUCUCAAACCAGUACAGGGUCCUCACACGGGCAGUGUAUGCAGACAUCUUUGUUGGGAAGAUCACUGUCUAAGGAGACAUGACUGAAGUGUCGCCAACAGAGUUUUCAUGAGCGAACUAGGACACUAGGACAGUCACACCAAUCCCUUACUCAGCCUCAGCUGAAGUCAUAAUUACAAAGUAUGUUUGGUAUUCAGUUAACAGGGAUUCUAUUGACUGCUACAAACACAGCGUGAAUGUUAUACUAUGGUAACUGUAGAUCCGGAACUUGUUUGUCAAAACUGGUUUACCACGGUAACGUCCAAGUGUAUCGGCUUGCAGCAUUUAGAUAAGAUGCUUUAUUCUCAAUUUAACAAGACCCCAUGGGUUUCCGGGGCUGAAUGUGUCCCUAAAUCUCAUGCUUGUGGUGAGAGCCGAGCACUGGGUGACUGAUGGUGCGCGUCGUUCUAUAGCCACCCGACAAUGUACCACUGCUUUGUCUUGUCCGGACCCUUAGUAGUGAUUUAGUUUCUUGUCAGCAUACACAGCACUCUACGAAGUCAUUCAAAAAUCGUUUGACAAAUGGUUCCGAGAAAUUUAUAAAUUAAAAAAAAAA